AUGGCGGCAGACCACCAUCCUCCCACCACCAACCGACCACCCUCCGAUCUACACACACCACCGCCGCCGCCUUCUCCCGCCGCAACACCGCUCCUCCCCCGCCGCUCUUCUUCCCUCGGAGAGCUCGACGCCGAGGCCAGCGUGCAGCUGGAGAGCAAACUCUCCGACCCCGCAUUGCCCCUCCUGAAACGCCUCUCCUCCUGCUCCGGGAUCGAGCUCAAACUCCUCUUCCACCUCGCCGGUCCUUGCAUCGUCGUCUACGUCACCGGCUUCAUGAUGUCCAUGUUCACCCAGAUCUUCUCCGGCCACCUCGGCAACCUCGAGCUCGCCGGCGCCUCCCUCGGCAAUAACGGCAUCCAGCUCUUCGCCUUCGGCAUCAUGUGGGGGCUUGGGAGCGCGGUGGAGACGCUGUGCGGGCAGGCCUACGGCGCCCAAAAGUACGAGAUGCUAGGAAUCUAUCUGCAGCGGUCGUUCGUACUGCUGUCCCUGGUGGGAUUGGGGAUCGUGGCCGUCUACGUGUUCGCGAAGCAGAUCCUGAUGUUCCUGGGGCAGUCGGAGGAAAUCGCGUCGGCUACGGGGCUGUACGUGUACGGCCUGAUCCCGCAGAUAUUCGCUUACGCGGCCAACUUCCCGAUCCAGAAGUUUCUGCAGGCCCAGUCCAUUGUCAUGCCCAACGCCUACAUCUCCGUUGCUGUGUUACUGGUCCACCUGGGGAUGAGCUGGGUGGUGGCGUACAAGCUCGGCGUCGGGCUGCUGGGCGCGUCGCUGGCGCUGAGCCUGUCGUGGUGGAUUCUGGUUGGGUUACAGUUCUGGUACAUCGUCCGGAGCGAGACGUGUCGCGAGACGUGGACCGGGUUCUCGGUGCAGGCGUUUCACGGUUUGUGGGAUUUCUUCAAGCUGUCGGUGGCGUCGGGGGUGAUGCUGGCGCUGGAGCAGUGGUAUUUGGACGUCCUGGUUUUGCUGGCCGGGAUGCUGGAGAAUCCGGAGCUGUCCUUGGAUUCUCUCUCCAUUUGCGCGACGCUGAUGGGUUGGUUCUUCAUGAUUUCCAUGGGGUUCAAUGCGGCUGCAAGUGUCCGAGUGAGCAAUGAGCUUGGCGCCGGGCAUCCCAAAUCGGCGGCGUUUUCAGUAAUAAUGGUGACCGGAGUUUCCUUCUUGGUGUCGGUGAUCCUGGCGAUUUUAGUGAUGGUAUUCCGCGACGUCAUCGGUCUAGCUUUCACCGAGGGCCAAGCCGUCUCUGCGGCUGUCUCCGAUCUGUGUCCGUUGCUGGCCAUUACCAUCGUCUUCAACGGAGUUCAACCUGUCCUCUCAGGAGUGGCAGUAGGGUGUGGAUGGCAAGCAUUUGUGGCGUAUGUGAAUGUGAUCUGCUAUUACGUUGUUGGAGUCCCAUUUGGCGCUCUUCUGGGUUUCCAUUUCAAGAUGGGUGCUAAGGGAAUAUGGACCGGUUUGCUGAGUGGUACCAUAUGUCAGACCGUCAUUUUGGUUUGGGUUACGUAUCGCACCGACUGGAAAAAAGAAGUGGAAACAGCAGAGAAAAGGCUGGAUAGGUGGGAAGACAAUAAGCAUCAACCGUUGCUGCACAAGUCAUGA